AUACACGGCUUGCCAGAGCCCCUGGCGACACAUUUGGUAAUUCUCAGAAUUACACCCUAAUCAUAAGCCAGUGUACUCUCGAUCUCUACAGUUCAGUGUGUGUCAGUUUACAUCUAUGCAUCUUCAGCUUGAUUACAUUUAUUAACCUGGCACUUCCUCUGAGGGACUUUAUUGUAGUAUGGUCUUUAAUAAAGAUUGUUAAUAAACAUUAUUGUUUUUCUAUUCAGUGGGUGUGACUCUGCCUUUUCAGAUAUUUUCACUGGUGCCCAUGAUGUUGCAUAGCACCUCAGUUUGAAGGUGAAACUUGCAGAUUUUUUGUCCUUCGAGGUUCCUUUAACCUCCUAAUAGCUGUUAUGUUUUACAGCCGGUGUCCCACUUUGAGCCAAUAAAAUCACAUCUCCUAAAUACCAGUAGUUGCCAAACUAGGUCCAGGGACCCCCCCAGGGGUCUAUAAGGGUUUCAGGGGGCUUAGCUGAAUGAGAAUUAGUUUAAUUUCAAUAUCAUCGCAUUCAUUUACAGAUAGGACCGGCAGAUAUUGCAAAAUUAGUGCUUUGAUGAAUAUUCUCUAGUCAACAAUACUGUUAUUCGGUAAUACAGUUCUGCAUCUCGACACUUAGCAGAAAAUGAGACUCCUCCUCCCUGCCUUCAAAAUCAGGUAAAAACAAUUAUCAGCUAAAUGUCCAAAAAUAAAAACUGAAAAUGAAAGUACUCAUCAUGCCAAAUGACCUGUUUGACACUGUUAGAUUAUGAUGUUGAUGUCUAGCUAUUUAUGAUGCAUUAUUGAUUAAGCAGCAAUUUAUUAUAGGUUAUUUUUGGGUAGUUUAUGGCAUCUUAUCAUAUAAGUUAAUUUUUUUGUUUUGUUAAUAAACUAGGAAGAGUAUCUGUAAAAUAAAAAGAGGAAUAAGGUGCUAUAUUCAUCUCUAAAAUGAUUUUGGGCAGAAGUAUAAUAAAAUACUUAAAGCACAAGAAAGCAGACUGUAACUUUCCACUACUGCAUUAUAUUUAGAUCAAAUAAAACCCUUCUUAGUAUCGCUAUUUUUGUCCAUUGGAGAUCAUUUUUUCUUGUCCAGACAUUGACAUUCAACGCCUGCUUUUCUGGUUGGAGGUUUGGGAGACCAAGCCUCGCGUGCCGUUGUGGGUACAUCCAUCUCAAAGUUUACCCAACAAGCAGGUGGAAGGGGGCACGAUAGGCGCAGAGCAGACUGAAGGACCCAUUCUUGAAGCCUCCUCUCUUUGGCCCCGAGCUGCCCUCUCCGCUCGCCCCCCAUUAUUUGUCCCGAUGGCGGUGCGCGCGGCCCCAAUGAGCCCUCUGGAACGGAACGAAAAGAAGGAGCGAAUUGCAGCUGUGACGUGGGCGUUGUUGUUCCAUUCAACGUGUUCGCCAUGGCAACGGGGCAGAGGCCUGGAAGCACGCAGCUACUCUCUCUGGACCGCGUCCUGAGGGCACAGAGGCAGCUGGAAGUUUCUCCUGAUGAGCAUUCCUGUUUUAUGGCGCAAAAUAUACCAAAUAUUCUACUUCACUUGAAUGAACACUGGAUCAAUUUAAAUUCUUUGAGACUUUGGGCCCAAAAAGUUCUGUUCUUGGGUGCAUAACUGUUGCCACUACAUCAAUUAAUGUGUAAAUUGAAUGUACCUUGUGCAACUUUUACGCACCAUUUUGACGCUCCAAACGAUUACAUUUGACCAACUGACCCAGAAUCAUGCUAAGCCACUUUCAAACCCUGUUUUUUUAAUUGUAUAGCUGAGCUCAUUUCUGUUUACACUCGACACCCCGAUUUCUUCCUCCACUUUGUACUCUAGUAUGCUGCAGGACUACUAGUAUUGUUGGGCAGAGUGACUGGGGUUUCUGUACAAUCUCCCGUGACCAAUGAGCGGGGUGCUGUCAGGGGUAACCACAUCUGUCAACCGUUCUUGGCCAAUAAAGAGCGGAGCGAGGCGGACCACAGGUGCGCGCCUCUGCGUCCCCUUGGCAAAGCGCCCGGGAGAUGCUGGAGAGAGACGCCUCGCUGCCCCGUGGCGCAAAAGAGUUACUGUCAAAGACAGCCUCCUUUUAACUCCAGCUAUCACUCUGGCUCCGAUAGUUAUGGCGACCGCAACGUCCAACCACUACAGCGUCCUCACCACCCCCAGCAGCGCGCCGCCGCCGCACUCAGAGUCCGGGAGCAUGCAGCAGGCGGCAGCCUACAGGGACGCGCACACUCUGCUCCAGAACGACUACAGCACGUUACCGGGCGGUGGACAUCCGCUCAGCCACGCGCACCAGUGGAUAACGGCGCUCUCUCACAGUGACAGCGGAGCGCCGUGGCCAUCUAGUCCCCUUGGAGAACAGGACGUGAAGCCCGUUUUGCACGACAGUGACCGGGAGGAGCUGCAGAACUCUAGCAGUCUGCAGCAACAGCAGCAACAACAGCGACACCCUCACCUAGCGCACCAGCAGGCGCAUCACGACGCCAGAGCAUGGCGAACCAGCACAGCCACCACGCACAUCCCCGGUAUGGCGACAUCUGAGGGCCAGAGCCUGGUGUAUUCCCAGUCCGGUUUCGGUUUGAUGCCGGGGGGAGAGCAAGGGGGGAUGCACCACCACCCCCUGCGGGAUGAGGACCACCACAGCCACAGCCCGCAUCUCAGUGAACACGGAGGCGGCCCUGGGGCCCACCAGCAGUCUCUCUCACACCAUCACCAGCACGGGGGCCAUCAGGAUCAGUCAGACGAGGACACACCGACCUCCGACGAGUUGGAGCAGUUUGCCAAGCAGUUCAAACAGCGGCGUAUCAAGCUGGGCUUCACUCAGGCGGAUGUGGGACUUGCUCUCGGGACGCUGUAUGGAAACGUCUUUUCUCAGACCACCAUAUGCAGGUUCGAAGCGCUUCAGCUCAGUUUCAAAAACAUGUGUAAACUCAAGCCCCUAUUGAACAAGUGGCUGGAGGAGGCGGACUCCACCUCUGGGAGCCCCACCAGCCUGGAUAAAAUCGCGGCACAGGGGAGGAAAAGGAAAAAGAGGACCUCCAUCGAGGUGGGCGUCAAGGGGGCUCUGGAAAGCCAUUUUCUGAAAUGUCCUAAACCUGGGGCAGCAGAGAUCAACUCCCUAGCGGACAGCUUGCAGCUGGAGAAGGAGGUGGUGAGGGUUUGGUUUUGUAACCGGCGGCAGAAGGAGAAGAGGAUGACACCCGCUGGGGGACAGAUACCAGGAGGGGAGGACAUGUACGGGGACACUCCUCCUCACCACGGAGGACAAACUCCUGUGCAGUGACCCCAGUCCAUCAUUCUGUGCAAAACACGAACCCCUUAAGGAGGUAUAACACCUUCUUAUUUGUUUGAUUCUCUGUGCUGGACCGCCCGGAACUGGAUCUCAGCCAGUUUUAAAUGCUGGACCGUGGGACACACAGUGGGAAUAUACAGUGGCAUUCCAGCACUAAAAAUACGCAGAGAGCUGUAUGAAGAGGUUUCCUGGCGCGGAACUGCCAAGCAUGUUGGGAGACGGCUGGUGUGUACUAACCAAAAAAAAAAAAAAAAACGCAAAAAAAAAAAAAACAGCGACAUCAAGACGAAAAUGCUUUUUCUAUUUCUUCUACCAAGGCGCUAGUGUGUUGUUAUGUAAUGUGUUAUUAAACACAGACAGAGUGUGAUAUGGACACGAAGUGUCCGCGGGGGGAAAACAUAAAAACAAGCUUCGGGCAUAAUGAUAAGUCGCAGUCAUUGUGGGUAAAUAAACGCCAUCUUUCCAUCAUAACAAAAGCAACAGGGGCUCUUCGCUGCUCGUGGCAAGCGAGGGCUGAAAUGGCAGACACCUGCUACAGAGUUACAAAUUAAAGCCAAUACCAGGCAGUGGAAUUGGUUAUUAUUAUUAUUAUUAUUAUUAUCAUUAUUAUUAUUAUGUCUCAAUAUAACCUGACGUAUUGAUUGUCUACUGUCAUUCAUAAUGUAUUUAAAUUAAACAUUUCCCGCGUAGUAAAUUUUCUUACAUUCUGAAUGUAGGCUGGGUUGUAGGAGUCUAUAAUAAUAAUAAUAAUAAUAACAAUAAUAAUAAUGAUAAUAAUAAUAAUAAUAUCAAUGAGAUAGAGUAUUAGUUUAAUGCUUCUCCUUCUGUGCGCCUGUUUACAGUGUGUUUUUGUUGUUUGUUAUUUCUGUACUUUUCCAAAAUGCUGUGAUGAGAAAGACCGAGACUGUCCGGCUGAAACACUCAGAACAAUCGAGCCCAAUUUGCCUUCCUUCUCCUAAAAAAAAAACGACCCUCCCCCCUAAAAAAACAACAAUAAAACAAAACAAAAAAACAA